GAAGGCGUUUCGUUCCGGGGAGUAGACUUGGAGUGCGGAAGUGAAGGUCGCGCCUGUUGGUCCUGUUGCUUAAGCAGGCAUGAAGAUCACCAGGCAGAAACACGCCAAGAAGCAUCUUGGCUUUUUCCGCAACAAUUUCGGAGUCCGCGAGCCCUACCAGAUCCUUCUAGAUGGCACAUUCUGCCAGGCGGCGCUGCGGGGUCGCAUCCAGCUGCGGGAGCAGCUGCCCCGCUACCUCAUGGGAGAGACCCAGCUGUGCACCACGAGAUGUGUGUUAAAGGAGUUAGAAACACUGGGAAAGGAAUUAUAUGGAGCCAAACUGAUUGCACAGAAAUGCCAGGUUCGAAACUGUCCUCAUUUCAAGAGCGCAGUGAGUGGAUCUGAAUGUCUCCUGUCUAUGGUGGAUGACGGGAACCCUCACCAUUAUUUCGUGGCCACACAGGAUCAGAACUUAUCUGUGAAAGUCAAGAAAAAUCCUGGAAUUCCUCUCAUGUUCAUUAUUCAGAACACCAUAGUGUUGGACAAGCCUUCUCCCAGAACCGUGGCCUUUGUGAAGGCGGUGGAGGCAGGCCAGCUGGUCUCCGUGCACGAGAAACAAAGCAUCAAGCAACUCAAGGAGGAGCAAGGCUUGGUUCGGAACCCUGAACUGAGGAGGAGGAGAAAAAAAAGGAAGGUGGGCGGCCCCAAUCCUCUCAGCUGCCUGAAGAAAAAGAAGAAAGCACAGGAUACAAAGUCGCCUGCUUCGGAAAAGAAAAGGAAAAGGAAACGGAUUCGGAUUCGGAACAAAUCCACUCCUAAAGUGUCUGAGCAGCAGGGUGCGGAAGGAUGAUGGGUGCUGUGGCCACUCAGAUGUCAGAGUGAAAGCGAAUUUCCUUCUCAAACUGUGAAAAUGUUUAUACCAGAGGACUAACUUAUUUUUGUAAACUAAUACUGGCACAUACACUUUUGCCUAAAAUUAAAGAAUGUUUGGGUUUGUCA